GCUGCGCUGACAAAAAUUUUCUUAAAAAUGUUUCCAAUUCAAAAUCAAAUAAAUCGACCAGCGCUAAUUGAAGCGGCUGCUUUCGGUCAUUUGGAUAUUGUCGUACUGAUGCUCCGGAGCAACUUUAACGUGAAUCAAAAAUGUGACAAUGGGGAAACGGCGCUCAUGGUUGCCAGCGCGGGCGGUUAUCUUGAAGUGGUAAAUGUACUGCUAAGCCAUGGCGCUAGUUUGAAUGAGCACAAUGUGGUUGGACAUACACCGCUGAUGAAGGCCGCAUGUGGCGGGCAUGUGGAAGUAGCCAUGGUACUUCUCGAGCAUGGAGCAAGUGUCAACACCCGCUCCAAUGAGCACAACGAGAGUGCAUUAUCAGUGGCUAGUUACAAGGGUCAUCUCGAUUUGGUGUAUCUCCUACUGGAUGCUGGCGCUGAUGAUUUGAACUUCGCUCUUUCAGCGGCUUCAAAAGGUGGCCAAGUGGCAGUAGCGGAGAUAUUAUUAGACAAGGGAGCGGAAGUCAAUAGUUCCACCUUUCCACUGCCAUCGCCGCUGGAAUGCGCAAUAUCCAAUAGUCACCUUGACGUUACCACUUUGCUCAUUGAGGCCGGCGGCAACAUUAAUGGGACCAUUUCAAAUGGCAACACAUAUUUAAUGAUGGCAGCUGGCAAGGGGGACCAGAGAAUGGUGGUAUUGCUAUUGGAUAACGAUGCGACUGUGGAUGCAGAGAUGGAAAAUGGAGACACGGCGCUCAUGAUUGCGUGUAAGAAAGGACACACCGUUGCGGCUAGUCUGCUCCUCUCUCAUGGCGCUAAUUUGGAGCACAUGACGGCGGACAAACGUACGCCUCUUAUGGAGGCUACUCGUGCCGGCCACUUGACGACCGCGAAGUUACUUAUCGAGAAGGGCGCACGCAAUUAGACGACCAGCUUGAUGGUCUUAAGCCCCAUAUGAAGCGUUUAUACGAACGAACAAAGACAACAACAACAAUAAGAAGAAGAAGAGUAAGAAGACUGACCGAAGAUGACGAUGAAGGCAAUGCAUCAAAUUAUAUUAAUAGAUCUCUCUAUGUGGAACCAGAAAUGAUUCGACUCGCAACAUCGGAAUGGUCGGAAUUCUUUUCACAAAGAAACCAAAACAAAAACAACAAUAAAUAGAAAGAGAGGGGGAGAGGGAGAGAAGAAUAGAGGAGAAAUAAUCAUUUCAAACUCAAGAUUUAUUUUAUUUGGACAAGUUGAGCGAAAUGAGCGCCGCAAACACAAACAACAACAAAAUGCGGCGAAUAAUAGUUUUUUAUUUUCCUCUCUGCUCUUUUCUUUUCAUUCAUUCUUUAUCUGUAGUUUUUUUUUUUUUUUGUUUUUAUGCGUUUCUUUUGUUUAUGUUUUGCACAGCAGCUGACGCCAUAAUUUUUCUAAAACGUGUUUGAAAUACAUCACACAAAACAAACCACAAGAAAAACGAAAAUACGAAAAUGAAAACAAAAAACAUUUCAAAUCAUUUUCAUAAUUUCUCACAAAAUGUAUUAAGUGUAAAUGUUUUUAAAGCGA